UGUACAUAUACAGUAUUAUUGAUAGAUCAUUUUGAAAAUGAAAAUCUAUUUAUCAAAGAAUCAAAUAUCGUAAUUAAAUUACUAUGGAUUAAAAAAAAAGUGGCAAAUAUUGUAGUAAUUGGUUUUGUUAAAGAUCAUUAUCUUGCAAUGAAGAGUAAUGAAUUUAAACCAAACAUAUUACGUGAACCAAUGGACCCAGUGAUUGUUGGUGAAUGUCAAAAUAAAAAAUGGAUAACAAAUAGCACAUUAUUUGGACCAAUGAAAAUGAAUAAUUGUUCUGUAAAUGUUGGCUAUUUAGAUAAUGAACCAUAUGUUCAUGCUGUAUCAAAGCAAAAUAGUUUUGAAUAUAUUGGUAUUGAUUUUCCAAUACUACGUGUUAUUGCAAAUCACCUAAAUUUUACAGUUAAUUUAUCAGAGAUGGAAGGAUCUAAAAAUAUCAUGAAAACAGAUAAAGUUGCUAGAUCAUUACGCAGCAAUAGAUCAUAUGAUAUUAUUAUUGGUGGUAUCACUUGGCAACCAAAAGAUGAUGUUGAUUAUACAGUUUCUUAUGAAGUUGUACAACUUGUAUUUCUGGUACCAGUUCAAGCUGGUGGUGUAUCAUUUCUUGCAUUAAUUUCACCUCUUGAUAAAUCUGUAUGGAUUGCAAUAAUGAUUGUUUUAUCAUUUGCAAUAUUUCUUAAAUUUAUUGUUUUUUAUAAAAUAUCAUUUUUAGAAAUUACAGCUGUUAUUAUUGGUGUUGCAUGGAAUAAACAACCAAUUAUAUUUUCAUACAGAAUAUUGUUUAUGUCUUGGGUUAUAUUUGGCUAUAUAUUAACACAAUAUUAUUUAGCAUCAAUGCCAGGAAGAUUAUUAGCUAAAACUGAUAAUAAAAUUGAUACAAUUAAAGAUUUAAUUGAUUCAGGAAUAUCACGUGGUGGUUUGAAGAAUACAAAAAUUUUUUUUAUUGGGAACAAAAAAUUUAACAAUAAAUCAACUUCAAAUGAACUUAUUGAUAAACUUUUUGAAAAUUAUAAUGGAUUUGAACGUAUUGAGUAUGAAAAAAAACUUCAAGAUUUAAUUAGUGGUAAAAAUAAAACAAUGGCAUUAUCAGCACUAAUGAAUUCUUCAUCAAUACCGACAAAAUUUGAUUCUCGUAUUUUACGAAUAUUACCAGAAGCUUUGACAACUUUUCCACUUGGUUUUCCAGUUUGGCGUGGUUUACCAUAUCUUAAUGAUAUUGAUAAAGAUCUACAAAUACUUAUUGAAAGUGGUAUUAUUUCACAUUUUGGUAAUAUCGAAACGAAACAUGUUUUUAGUAAAGACAAUAAUGAUGGAAAAAUUUCUGAUGAAUACAUCAAGUUGAAUGAUCUCGUGCCAGGUUUUUUAAUACUCGGAAUUGGUUAUGCAGUUGGGUUAAUUUUUUUCUUUUUCGAAAUUAUGAUUUCUCGAGUUAAAUAAAGCAAGACAAUUAAAAAUAUUAAUUAAAAAAAAAACAUAAAUAUAAUUAAUAAUUAUUUUUGUGAUGAAUGAUCAAUUAACAGCACAAUUUUUAUGACAAUUAAUUUUUUUAUGUGAUUAUAUUGAGUAUAAAUAUAUUCUUAAAAAUAAAAAAAAAUUUCGAUUCAGUGCAAAAAUUAACAUAACGACUUUACUAUUAGCUAAAUAAUUUAUUUAUUUCUCAAAAAAAAUAUAGUGGAAAUAGAUUUUCCGGAAUUGUUCCAAAAUUUCUUCGGGUAUGCUCCGAAUUAUUUCGAAUUUUCCUGGAAUUACUCCAAGUCAAUUAUGGAAAAAUAUUUCUACCAGAAAUAUUUUUGCUCUCAAUUGUUAAUUAAAUAAUAAACUUUUUUUUCAUGUGCAUAAU